AUGACUUUGCAACAUGGUUUGCAGCAACAUACAGUUUUACGUACACAACAGCAUGGACCACAGCAGCAAUCGCAGCAUGGAUCACAACAACAACAAUCACAGCAAGGAUCACAGCAAGAGCAACAACAAGGAUCACAGCAUGAACUACAACAUGAUUUACAGCACGAGCCACAACCACAGCCGCAACCACAUCCACAACCACAACCACAACCGCAACCGCAACCACAACCACAGCCUGGCAUAUUAAUACAUGCACGACAAAUGUUUCCUCAUUUGACAAAUCCAGCAAAUUGGGUUAAAAUGAAUUUGGAAUGUUUAGCCAAUGAAAUAUUCCUUGAUCUUUUUGAAUAUUUCAAAAUUGAAGAUCUGUUUCAUACAUUUUACAAUGUUAAUUAUCGAUUUAAUAUUCUUCUUCUCAAAUAUUUUCACUCAUAUCAUCUUGAUUUUCAAUCAAUAUCCAAAUCUAAUUCGCAUGUUACAUGUACAAAAUAUCUUCCAUUAAUUCGAAAUCAAAUUAUUUCAUUACGUUUUUCUGAUGAUGAUAAUACACCAGUACAAUCAAAAUAUAUUCCAAUUUAUUUUCCAUCGUUUCUUCAACUUUCUCAUUUACGUGCACUUUCAUUCUAUUGUAUUAAUUCUUCAAAUCUCAUGGAAAGAUUAAUAAUUGAAUGGCAUCAAUUACCAUAUCUUACGAAUUUAAGUAUCAUUAAUUGUAAUUUUACAACAAAAAUUGAUUUUCAUACUGUUAUUAAUAGUAUUUGGAGUCUUAAUCAUUUAGUAUACUGUUAUUUAAAUGGUAUAUAUGGCACAUGGACAAAUUUUAUUGCCCCGGAUGUCACAUCAGUAUCAAUGCAAUAUUUAUUAUUUGAAAGUGGUUGUAUGGAUUGGAAUGUAUUACCAAAAUUACUGAAAAAUACACCUUAUCUUCGAUCUUUAAACACAGAUAUUAUAGAUUAUUCUGAGCCUGGAAAAGAACUUUCAGUUAAUACCACUUUCACGUUAACUCGAUUGAACGUGUACAUGCGAGUUACGACAAGUACGUUAUUUUUUUGGAAAUAUUUACCAAAUUUAUCUCAUCUAACAGUUCAUAUGGAACGAUUUUAUCUUGAUGGAAAACAGUGGGAAUAUAUUAUUCGAACUUAUUUACCUAAAUUAAAAAUAUUUCGUCUAUAUAUGGACUUAGCAGCGGAUGACUGUAACCAGAUAGAAGAAUAUGUCGAUAGAUUAUUGAAUUCAUUUCGAAGUUCAUUUUGGCUUGAGGAACAUCAAUGGUAUGUUCGAUCUCAUUGGGAGAAAAUGCCAGAAUCGAAAGGAUGGCCAGGAAUAGUAUUAACUACUUUACCUAGUCGGAUAAAUCGUUCAGGCAUUCUCAGUUCAAGUUGUUAUAGAUCAACUUGUCCUGAUGAUAAUGUCUAUAAUUCAUAUGAUCAUGUAGAGCAUUUAGAUCUUAAAGAUCCUGCUAACGAUGAACUCUGGUCACAUGUUUUCAAUUUGCAAAAACUACGAAUACUUACGUUUUAUGCAGAUAAACAAUAUGAUCAUCCUGAAAAUGAAUUGCAAUUACUGCUUGAUCGUAUGCCGAAUCUUCAUACAUUAGAAUUAUGUCUUGAUGAGAAUGAGAAUGAAUAUAAACCGUUUUUCAACUUAAAACAUAAUUCUAUUCGGUGUUUAGAUUUUGCACACUAUACAUUUAAUCGUGAAGAAUGUGAAAUAUUGAUUCAUAGUCAAUUAGGUCAAAAAUGUGAAGUUCUUAUGUUAUCAAUUAAACAUCUCGAUGAUAUACUUCAGUUAAUUAAUCAAUUAAGAAAUCUUCGAUCAUUAAAAAUACGUUUAUUGCAAAAUGAAGAUAGUCUAUUGACUUCUUCUGAGAAUGAACUGAACGAAUGGUUAACACUUCAUUUACCAUCAAUAUGUGAUUUCAGAAUCCAUAAUGGUAUCAUGAAUUUUUCAUAUACUUUUUAUGUUUGGAUUCGAUGA